AUGAAGUUGUCAAAUGGUGUCACUUGUUUGGAUUUGCUGCACAGAAAAAUAAAGGGACUUGCCAAUGCUCUUCAUUCAUCUUAUUUAAUUCUUAUGGAACCAAAUAACUAUCCUUAUUUUCCACCUCAUUACACUGAAUCCUCUCCUCCUAACAAUAAUAAUGAAAUGACUAGUUUACGGGUCAUACAAAGUGAUACAGAACAACGAAACAGUGUCUUAUUAAUCACAGAACCCAAAGAUUUAGAAAAACUAUUCGAUACCAAUCGAACAUUGGAACAAGAUAUCUGUUUCCCACCCAAUGGUAGACCUUCAUCUAGCAGUAUCACAUUGGAUCCACAAGGAGGAGAAGAAGAUAUGAAGGCACAACAUCGUAUGACCAAAAGAGAUAGCUGUGGAAGCUCUAUGGAUGGAUUAAACUUGAGCGCACUUUCAUUGUUUACUGAAAUCACCCAAAGUCCAGCCCAUUCGCCGUUACCCAAGCAACAUCUUUAUUAUGGCGGCACACGAGAAAAAUUGUUGAGCCUGUAUGGAGACAACAGUCGAGAUGAUUCCCAUAAUCAUCAUCACCAACAAAAGAAGUUGUCAAUGUUACCGCUGGAAGAUCGAUUUAUUUACUAUCAUAUAGACACUGGGUGUAUCAAGGGCAAAUACCUUUCAGAUUUAAAAUUGCCUCAUAUGUCAUUAGAAGAUUUGUUACUAAAAGAGAAUUAUUGGAUUGAUAUUACAUGCCCGACAAAUGAGGAAAUGAAAGCCAUCAGCAAAGUAUUUAAUAUCCAUCCGUUAACUACAGAAGACAUCAUGUCACAUGAGAUUCGGGAGAAGUGUGAUGUUUUUCGCCAUUACAUGUUUGUAUGUUAUCGCGCAUUUUUACACGAUGCGCAACAAUUGAGACCAGUGACAUUUUACAAUAUUGUGACGAAAAAGCAUAUUUUGACAUUUCACUUCGAUCACGUGCCACAUGUACGACAUGUGCAGCAGCGAGUCAGUCAGUUACAGGAUUAUAUCGAAGUGGUGCCAGACUGGAUUAACUAUGCUAUUAUGGAUGAAAUCACUGAUAGUUUUGCACCCAUGAUUCAACAGAUUGAAUCCGAGGUUGACUCGAUUGAUGAUUUAGUGUUACUGUAUAAGUCCGAUCAGUCUGAUAUGGUGUUACGUAUCGGCACAUGUCGAAAGAAGGUGAUUCAGAUGGUGCGUUUACUAGGCACCAAAGUGGAAGUGGUGAGAGGCUUGAUGAAGCGUAUCGAAGAAAGAACAACGGAAGGCGAGCUCGUGUCGAAUGAUCCCAAUGUCACUAAAAUAUACCCUGAUGUUGGCUUAUACUUGGGUGAUGUGCAAGAUCAUAUUCUAACCAUGCUUCAGAAUUUGAACCAUUACGAGACGGUAUUGGCUAGAUCUGAAUCGAAUUAUUUAGCACGUAUCUCUAUUGAAUUAACCCAGACUUCAAAUUCCACAAAUCAUGUCAUUGGUAGAUUGACCAUAUUUGCAACCGUACUAUUACCAAUGAAUUUGGUUACUGGUUUAUGGGGUAUGAAUGUAAAGGUACCAGGAAAAGACUAUGAUAACUUGAUUUAUUUCUUUUGGAUUGUGCUAAGUUUGGCUGUAUUUGCUAUUCUAUCCUUGACGUUGGCAAAAAGAUUAAAACUGAUAUAA